CUGAACUACAGACUGGGUCGUGCGGUUUAAUGCACAGACAUCCGUGGAGCUCCUGCUGUGUGCCGGGGGUUGUGGAAGGUGCUGGAGGAACGGAGGGGAAUAAGAUUUGACCUCAGCCCUAGAGAACUCAGCCUGCUGGGGGUGGUUCAAAAACAAAACAGUUGCAACUCAGCGUCUAGGGUGGAAGAGCGAGAAAAGGUCCGGGAGUGUCCUUUCAUUCCCUCAUGCUCACAGCACCCACCCCACUCACAGGCUGGAGGGGCUGCUCCCAACACCGCAGGACAUUUCCUCCCUGCCGCCUCCGCCAGCUGAUUAGACAAGUCUGGAUGCCUGAGCUCAGAUUGGCCUUAAGAAAAGACAGAGCAGCGUAUUCCUGAAGGCCUAGGACUGGCAGAGUGAAGGCCACCAUGGCUGCCGUUGACAGCUUCUACCUCUUGUAUAGGGAAAUCGCCAGGUCCUGCAAUUGCUACGUGGAAGCUCUAGCCUUAGUUGGAGCCUGGUAUACAGCCAGGAAAAGCAUCACGGUCGUCUGUGACUUUUACAGCCUGAUCAGGCUGCAUUUUAUCCCUCGCCUGGUGAGCAGGGCAGAUCUGAUCAAGCAGUAUGGAAGAUGGGCAGUCGUCAGUGGUGCAACAGAUGGGAUUGGAAGGGCCUACGCAGAGGAGUUAGCAAGCCGUGGACUCAGUAUCAUCCUGAUCAGUCAGAACCAAGAGCAGUUGCAGAUGGUUGCGAAAGACAUAGCUGACACCUACAAAGUAGAAACCGGUGUUAUAGUUGCGGACUUCAGCAAUGGCCGUGAGAUCUAUGACCCGAUUCGAGAAGCCUUGAAAGACAAGGACAUUGGCAUCUUGGUAAAUAAUGUAGGCGUGUUUUAUCCCUACCCCCAGUAUUUUACUCAGGUCUCCGAGGACAAACUCUGGGACAUCAUCAAUGUGAACAUUGCUGCGGCUAGUUUGAUGGUCCACAUAGUGUUACCGGGAAUGGUGGAGAGAAAGAAGGGCGCAAUCGUCACUAUCUCUUCCGGCUCCUGCUGCAAACCAACUCCCCAGCUGGCUGCAUUUUCUGCUUCUAAGGCUUAUUUAGACCACUUCAGCAGAGCAUUGCAGUAUGAGUAUGCUUCUAAAGGAAUCUUUGUACAGAGUCUAAUCCCGUUCUAUGUGGCUACUAACAUGACCACACCCAGCAGCUUCCUGCUCAAGUGCCCGUGGGCGGUGCCUUCGCCAAAAGUGUAUGCGCAUCAUGCUGUUUCUACCCUUGGCAUUUCAAAAAGGACCACAGGCUACUGGUUCCAUGCUAUCCAGUUUCUCUUUGCACAGUAUAUGCCUGAGUGGCUCUGGGUGUGGGGAGCAAAUAUUCUCCAUCGUUCUUUACGUAAGGAGGCCUUAUCCUGCAAAGCAUGAAACUGAAUGAUGGUUUGGGAAGCUUUGCCAACUCAUGGGAACCUGCAGUAUUCUGACAUUUGGAAGAACACAUUUUAUUUAUCUUCUGUAUUUUCUUUUAUUACUGGUUACUUAGCAUACUGUUGACUCAUCAUUUGCAAGGCAAACAUAAUACUCUUAGAGAAUGUUGUGGUAAAACCUCAAGGGCCACGUGGAUGGUACAGAGUAAAUAAUGGCCGAGACACAAGAACUGAUUGAGGAAACCUGAAUUUCGAUGCUUUCUUUUCCUAAGCUGUUCAAAAGUUGUGUGAUUUAUGUUGUUCUAGGAGCUACGGCAAUCUGGUAUUGAAAUAUACUUAUAAUGUGACUUGUCAGCUCUUAUAAUUUCAGAUGUUUUUUAAGGGAAAUUAUUUCAGUAGAUGAAUUAUAGUAUUGGUUUUCAAAUGUUCAUCAGGAAAGACCGUUUAAAAGUGUUAUUUUAUAAGUAAGAUUGCUGGUAUAAUUAGCAGUAGAAAUAUGUGUGUAUUAUAUUUAUAGCACUAGUUGUUGACUAUCUGUAUGAAAAUGCUGCUCUUCAACUGAUAACUUCAUUAGAGAACCAUAAAUGUAUGUAUGUUGUGUGCGUCUGGGCAACUUUAUUUAUGGGUAAGUUACUUUGAAAAAGAUUUCUUGUCAAGAUGGCUUAAUGUGAACCUUAUAGGGUAUUAAAAUUCUAGAUUGUUUUCAUACUAAACAAGCCUACCCAAUUUUGUGCUGUAGGUUUGCCAUGUGUAAUAUUACUUACUGCAGUCUUUUUUUUUUUUUGUUUAAAUCUACUAUGAAAUUAAUUCAUUUCUAGAUUUGGACAUGUAAUGGUUGACUUUCCGUCAUCUCUUGAUUUAUAAUUAUUGUGGAUAAGUAGUGAUUUCUCAGCCUAUGACCUUGACCCAUUUUAUACCUGAAAUUUAGCCCUUUAGAAAGAGCUUGUUAUAUCUGGUUUUCAUACACUUUUCUAUGUAAUAUUAUUCCAUUCCAGUAGGAUUAUUGGUGUAACCAUCAAGUAUUUAUGGAAUAGUGGUUAAAAUUUGGGCAAAUUAUGUGUGUGAUAUGACGUAUCUGUUGAAAUAAGUUAGAAGCUCAUUCUUGGUUCAUGUAAUGAAUUUACACAUUAUAGUGAAUACUUUAUUGAUGUGAAGAUAAUUAUGCACAACCCCCCACAAUAUGGGUUAGCAUUGAAACCUACUGUGAAAUGUUUUUGGUUCAGGUCCUAUAAUGGCAAGCAUUUUUGAGGACCACAUAUCUAGUGCUUUGACAGUUGUAAAUCACAGUAUGAUGAUAUGUACAAAUUAAAAAUUUGGAGUUUAAUAUCGUGACACUGAUGCAGAAACUAGUAAGUUGAUUGGAAUCAGAACUGUUACGGAAUUGUUUUCUCCUGAGAUGAUGUUCCAUUGUGAGUAGGCAUAAGCAUGCUUAUGUUAUACCCGGAAUUUUGCCAGUGACAUUGCUUCAGUUUUUCCAAAUCUGCUUUGGACUCAGAAGAUGAGUAGUUAAGUUGAGAAGCCCUUCCACUUACAGAUCAGGCCUUCAUCACAUGAGGGGAAGACCUUCAGGUGUGAAAACUUACACACUCGUGACACCACAUAACACUGAAGGUUUUGAUGGAGUUAGCGUGGAAGGCUUUUUACCAUAUUUGACAUUUUCCCACACUCAACAAUUAAUUUAAGGUCAUUAAGACUAGAAAACAUGUGACUUCAUUCCGCAUUGACCUGAACUUUGGUUGACGGGGAGUAGGCAGCAGCAACUUUAUGUAAAGACACCGUAUUCAUGUCUAAGGUGCUCAGUGGUGCAGCAGGGUCUUAUAUUUGUAGAUUAGGUAUUGAAGCAUUGCUUUAUGAUAAGAACAAGUAAACCACGUCAAUGAUGUUUUAAAAUUCUCUACUUGGCAGGACGUACAUAAAUAUGUUGAUCGGUGCAAAGUUAGUGAAAGAUCAAAACCAAGAAUUUUCCUUAGGUUUUCUCUUUCAUCAAAUACUUUUUCCCAGAGCUCAUUUGAGAGUCGUAAUUGGGCCGCUGUAGGAUGGGGUUUCCUAUUAAGAAUGUGGGAAAUAAGAACCUUUGAAACAACCUGUGAACUGAAAAUUUAACAAUAAAAGCAGUUGCUUCUGCUUCCUUUGGAAGAAGUUUUGCUCCAAAUGUUUGUAAAUUGGUCGUUUGGAAUGAGAGAUCCAUUUUUUCCCCAUAGAAACAAUCAUUAAAAAAUUACAAAAAUUAAUCUAUGAACACUUGUGGUAAUAAUUUAUUAAAAGCUGGUAAUUCAGCAAGAAAAUUGUCCAUAACCAUGUGUCUAAUAAGUCUUUUGAAACUACUAAGUUGAUUUCUUGAUCUCAUUCUCCUGAUGGGUUGAUUUUGAUCAUUGGCUUUGGCAACGCGGAGAUCCUUGGUGGUUUUGCCACGAGCCAUAGUGGUGGGGAUGAAAGGUAGACUGUAGAGGGUUCAAGAAAGAGUGGGAAGAAAAAGGGAGACAGCAAGUAGAGACAGCUGAGGAGUCUUUUGUUUCAUUUUAACCUCAAUUACUUAAAAUCUUGUCACAUUUGGGAACCAGAGGGUUAGGUGGUGUCCUCAGUCUUGACCUUGUGUGCCCACUCUGUGUCACCGUGUCAGUAUUGGCUUAGCUGUUACUCUUUACAAUAGCAUUUAGUUUGAAUAAAGAUUUACCUUCCCAUGGAA